UAUUCGUUUAGGGAAAGGGGACAGUUGGGACGAGAGCGAUGGCCAAGAAACGGGCCAAGGGAUCCUCGGCCGCCAUCGCAGCUGCGCAAUGGAAGAUCGGCGACCUUGUUCUUGCCAAAGUGAAGGGAUUCCCGGCGUGGCCGGCUCAGGUCAGCAGGGCAGAGGAUUUCGGGCGGCAGCGCAAUCCCGCCAAGGUUUUCGUGGUCUUCUUUGGAACGAAGCAAAUACGCUUCUGCCAGCAUUCGGAGAUCUCAGCCUUUACUGUGGAGGCCAGAGCCGCGCUUCAUGCCAGGACGCUAUCGAAAUGCGUCCCCUCGGAUCUCAAACGAGCAGUGAAGGAGAUAUGCGAGGUGGCUGACGAAAGUGGAGAGCUAACAGUGACGAGGGAGCUCGAUCAACCCGGGAGUGACAAAGACAAUGACGUGCAGAGCUCCAGUAACGUGGACAACAUCCAGGCAGCUGGUACCUUGGCUCAGUCACUGGAAUCCAGGAAAGGGAAUGGAGCGAACGUCCAUCUUUCUAGGCCUGACAGUGGACGAGGGAAGAGAAAGAGGAGCACAGUCCAGAUUGAAGAGCGAACCGAUGGAAGAGACAGCCAUCUUAACCAGAGAGACUGGGAGUCUUCGUGUACGAACUCGUGCAACAGCAUGCUCGAAGGGGGGAACCAGGGUGUGCCGCUUGUGGACAAAGUGCUUACAAACUUCGCUUUUCACGAAGAGCUGGAUUCCUUCAACAAUGGUGUUCUUGAGGAGGAUGAGAGGGAGAAAAGCGAUCUGCAGGAAUCGCAGCAACAUCCUCCUAAAUUCAGCUGGCUGAGACACAGCUCUAGAUCGUCGACCAAGUUUCGGAGGAGAACGCUGAACUUCUCAUCAAUCAAAAUCUGUCAAAAGAGGAAGAGGCAGAUUGCGACAAAAAGAUUACAGGCAAAAGUUGUUAGCUCUAGCAGUGAUAGCGAUGAAGACGAUGAUGAUCCUGAUUAUGCGGAGGGAUUUGGUGACUCUCUGGAGAGAAAACCAGGCGAGCUGAAAACAGCAGCAGUAAAGAAACAACGAACAGGCUGGUCUGAACAAAGGAAAAGACCCGAACCGGUGGUGGAGGAGAUCUCAGACAAACAUCUUCCUUUGGUAAAGAGGGCCAGUGCUCGCAUUAUUCACGAAGGAUGCUGUGACAGAAAACCCUGGCACGAACCGAGGCAAAAACGAUUUCCAAAGAAGCAGUGUCUCGAAGGCAGUGAUUUGCAAGAUUUGAAGACGUCAAACAUGGGCGACAAGAGGCAAUUCCCGUUGAAAGCUGAAAAGUAUCGCCUACGAAGCAGUUUGACAGACAGUGAGGCACCUCUUCCUCCGUGUAAACGUCGCCAGCGAGUCUUAGAAGUGAUGACAGGUGGUACUGAAGGCUCGGAGGAUGAAGAAGCUGCCAAGCCAAAAGCAGGAACAACUUCGAGAUCCAGUCGACUCCUGAAAAACGGAAAAGGAAGUAGCAGAGCAGACGUGCCUGUAAAAAGUUUACAGGGUCCCAAGACUUUGCGACCUGAUACAACGCUAAAAAAGCUGAAGAAUCAAAAGGCUCAGCUCGGAUGUGAAACAUCAAGGGAGGAACAUUUGCCGAGGCGCACUUUGUUCAAGAGGAGGCUGGUACGGAACAAUCUCGCAGUAGAAGAUCACGAGCUGAGCGUGGACUACCUGAACGUAACGCACUCAGCUUCUCGGUUUUAUUGCGAAGACGUCAACAGGGUCAGAGAAGCAUAUGAAGCUGCCAAAGAGAAGAAGCAAAAGCUUGCUUCCAAGAAUACCUCCGCUCCUUCAACCUCCAUGAAAUACUAUCUUGCCGUUUCUCAUUCCAAGCAGAACUUUUCGGUUCCCUCGAUGCUGUAUUCCAGAAAGUCUGACCCGCACCGGGAAGCUGCUCUGAGGUUGAACAUGUUUUCGUUGGAGAAUUCACUAACACUUAUAAUCUUCACGGCAGAUUCGGCACAAGAUGCACUUGAAGGCUUGCUGGACAAUCUCUCAAGAGCCAAAGAUAGUAUCGGCCGUGUUACUCGUCAAGCGGUUGAUUGUGCAAGGCUUGGAACCAGCGAACAGGCGAUUGAUAUUAUAGCCAGAAGGCUGGAAACGGAAAAAAGCUUUCACAGGCGCAUUGACUUGUUCCUGGCAAUCGACUCUAUAGCGCAAUGGUCACAUAACCAGAAAGGAACGGCCGCUGGAGCGUACAGUUCCUUGAUACAAAAUACCUUGCCCCGCCUGCUAAGUGCUGCAGCUCCUCCUGGCAACUUUGCGAGAGAGAAUCGAAGGCAGUGUUUAAAGGUUCUCCAGCAGUGGCUGGAACGCAACGUCUUCCCAGAGUCCGUUGUCCGGCACUUCAUGCGCGAGAUCGAGUUUCACGACGCCGACAAGCCAGCCAACUUGAACGCCGGCCAGCGUCCGUGUAGAACCGAGCGCCCGCUCAACGAUCCAAUCCGGGAGAUGGAAGGCAUGCAAGUCGACGAAUAUGGCAGCAACGCCAGCUUUCCGUUGCCGGGCCUGGCAAUGCAGCGAGGCCCGGAAGACGACGAGUAUAGCGGUGGAAAGAUUGGAGGAGAGGACGAAGAGCUAGCUCCCGACCCGGCAGGACAAUCCAGGUACCCCCACGUCUUGGAGCAAGUCGAUGGCGAGCUCGAGAUGGAAGACGUCUCGCCGGUGGUGGAGAUAAACUGGGCCAGGCACUACGACGGGCACUUGUUCUACCUCCAAGCUCCGCCUUUGCCUUCGUCUCCGCCGCCGUGCACUCCUCCUCCUCCGCCGCUGCCUCCUCCGGACAGAUUCGAUCAACGCUACUACAGAUUUGGCUACACUACGUGAGAGGUAAGUUCUAUCUCUUCUUUUUGUUUUUUCACAUUAUUUUAUUGUGCUUUGGUUGAAUAACAGCAAACUAUCAUAGUCCCCUUUGUGUGGAUCAUCUAGUC